UACAGCACACGCAUGCGCAGUGCGUAGUUGACGUGCGCAUGUGGAUGUCUUAUGCUCAACACCGUAUACAGUCUAUGCUGACACACGUGUAUUUACCGGCUACGACUAGCUGUACCAGCCUGUGAUUGUGUGCUAUUGUUACACAAAAUAUGGCGAAGACAGACGCUACAAGAAGUAGAACAAGACGAAGCAAAGUUGUCACCAGUGAAGUUGUAGAAGAACAGGACAACGUUAGCACUGAAGGACAGACUGAGACUGUCUCUUCGGGUGAACAAAUAGUCAGAACAGAGGAGGAGAUGAAACAGGAUCAAGAUGAACAAGAUUCUCAGAAGGACACUGUCAUUGAAGUAAAAGGAAGUACGUCCACUGUGACUGUAUCCUGGGACAAGAAGAAUGACGAAGGAAAAAUUGAUGAUAUGGAAAAGAGAACCAAUGCAAGUGAUCAGAUGAUGGAUAGUGAAAAGCAGAUCACCUUUUCAGCUGAUGCAGUCGGUUCCUCAGAGGACGCUCCCGCUGAGAGUACAGAGACAAAACAAGAGAUACAGCAAUCUGGAGAUAAACAAGAAUCUGACACCGUUGCUGAAGAAAAUGAGAGUACACCCACAGUAACCGUAACCUGGGAGAAGAAGAAUGAGGAAGGAGAACGCGAUGAUAUUAAAAAGGAUACCAGUGGAGGUGAACAGAUGAUUGUUAAAGAGACAGCAGUAAAUGGAAAACGGAAGGCACAGUCUACUGUUGAGACCUCCCCAUCAAAGAAAACUAAGCUCAUCAAUGAUGGUUUCUGUCUUUUUGUUGGCAACCUGAACAACUCUAAAACAUUUGAAGAAGUCAAAGAUUCAUUAGCAAAUUACUUCAUGACACAAAGUCUCCUGGUUCAAGACAUCAGAUUAGACCAGUCCAAAAAACAUGCGUAUGUAGAUUUGGCCUCAGAGAUGGACUUGACCAAAGCCUUGACGUUAAAUGGAGAGAUGGUACUUGAUAAGCCAAUGAAGAUCGCCAAAGCAAAGAUCAAAAGUGAGGACAAGGGGAAGGUGAAAUCUCCAGCGGAGGACAAAAAAGCAGCCAAAGAUGGCAGAUGUUUGUUUCUGAAGAACGUCCCGUACAACGCAACAAAAAAAGACAUUCUGAAAAUCUUCCGCAAGGCUGUCGCCGUCAGGUUUCCUGGUGGAACUGAAGGCCCAAACAAAGGUAUUGCCUUUGUGGAGUUCAAAAAUAAAACCAUUGCUAAGAAAAUACGGCAGAAAAAACGAGUAGCCAAGAUCCAAGGCCGGGUUUUGAUUGUGGACCGUGUAGGAGAAACAAAUGUGCCUAAAGUCACCAAAGCUAAUGACAGCAAUACCACUAAAGCUGCAGCUCCUCCAAAUAACACCUUAUUUGUGAGCAAUUUGUCUUAUAAUGUGAAAGAAAAAAACCUCAAGAAAGUCUUUCAGAAAGCUGUUAGUAUAAACAUACCUCAAAGAAACGGCAAACCAAGACCAAGAGGAUUUGCAUUUGUCGAGUUUGCAACUGUGGCAGAUGCUGAAAAGGCCUUGCAGUCAUCCCAAAACAUUAAGAUCUGCAAAAGGGAGGUCAGAGUACAAUUCUGCGAAAUGCAAGCAAAGUCAGAGAAGGCAAAAGUCCUAUCAAAAACACUGAUCGUGAUGGGCCUCGCUGACAAGACGACUGCAGAGACUCUGAAAAGUGCUUUUGAAGGGGCUCUCAGUGCAAGAGUCACUGUAGAUAAAAAGACAGGAGUUUCAAAAAGGUUUGGUUUUGUGGAAUUUGAGAGGGAAGAAAACUGCAAAGCUGUCAAAGAAGCCAUGGAGGACUGUGAGAUAGACGGCAGCAAAGUGACUGUGGCUUAUGCAAAACCCAAGGGCGAAAAGGGCCCGCCGGGCGCCAGAGGAGGCUUGGCGGGACGUCCUGGUGGACAGCCUGCAGGUCAGGCGGCUGGCAGAGGUGGAAGAGGCAGCAGAGGAGGUAGAGGACGUGGAGCUGGCACGCCACAGGAUGCUGUUAAAGAAGUGGAAAAUAAAGGCUAACUUGCCUGGGAAAAGCUGUCAUAUAGAGAUGUUUCUCUUUUUUUGGUAACCUGAAAGCAUGUAUUGUAUGCAUUUGGUUGAAUGUACAGACUGUGCAAGGGUGUGAAAAUGUGUACUCUAUUGUUAGUCCUGCCUGAUUGUAGGACAUGAGACACCUUGUAAUUUUAUAUUUUGUAUUUUACACCAUUAAUUUCACAACUAUUAUGAAAACUCAUGAAAGAGCCCUGACUUGUUUUCACAAUAUGUAGUGUUAUGUGCAAAAAAAAAUCAUGUUAAGAUACAUUUAUUUUAAAACCAAAACCAGCUGUCUCUGAGUUUUGUUAGUAUCUGUGAAAAAGACACAAAAUAUUAUUCCAGGACUAGCUGAAAUCUCAGCCAAGUCACAGACUUUUUCCUCCUCUGCCUCUGAUCUGAAAUAACACCAGUCUCGCAGCUAAACGUGCCAUAUUCUGCAGCCAGCGGACCGCUAAUUAUUGAGUGGCACAUUACUGCAUCUGUUCAAAACUCGCCACUCUUGCAGGUUGACUGCUGUUGCACACGUCGUUGCAGUUUUCCGAUGUGUUGCAAACUUUCAGCAGUUCAGCCCAAACACGGUGUCCUCUAAUGACCUCACAUCCUGUUUUGCCACUUCCUUUUGAAUGGACCGGUUUGGGACGGUCCGGUCAUCGCGCAGCGUGGAUCUCUGUUGUCUCCUCCGUGUCACAAGGCUGCAGAGGGCAUCCGAGCAAACUUUGAAUGCAACGAUUGUUUAAACUCUUGACUCACCUGACUAUGCAACGCCUGAUGUAUUGACAGAGAAGGGAAGGGGCGUCGGUAAGUCGUUAAUACGCAUGAAUGCGUGCUUAUUUGCAGUCAAAUUUCUCUUUUAUGUUUUAAGAUGUUUUCAUGUGAGGCAACUGUCUACCAUCGUGUCAACUGACUGUAGCACAAUAAAGUUUAAACUUUAUAUCUACGCUUCAUCACAGCUCAACAGCAACUCUCGAAACGAUAAUAUGACUGUAACAAAUGAUACAAACUGCGACUGAUGGGUUCAGGUUCACUACUUGGUGUGGACAAUCUGUGUUUUCCACUCUGAUGUCUAACUGGAGGAUGUGUUGCCACUAGAGCGUUGGGUUAAUCAGGAUUUGUUGACACUUGCCAGUGUUAUGUCACUGUGAGAUCUAAACCAAUUUAAUUCAAGUACAACAAACAAAGGUAUUGCAUAAGUACUCGCUCUCUAAACUCAGUGUUAAGUGGAGGCAUCUUUUGCAUCAGCUACAGUCGUGAGUUGAGUCAAUGCUGAUAGGUGUGCACAUCUGGAAUCUCUUCUAUACAAAACGUAUGCAUCAAGUUCUGUCAGGCUGCUUUAACAGAACAUUUUAAUUCCUGCCACAAAUGCCGGAUUGGACUGAAAUCUGGACUCUCCUUCCUGUGGCUGCUCGAGGACUUUUAACACAGUUGUUUUUAAGCCAGUCCCGUGUAGCUUUGUGUAGUUUUAUGUUUGGGGUCUUUGUCCUGCAGGAAAAAUAAAUCUUACCACAAAUCUCACG